AUGCAGGUCCGUGAUGGGACCGUUGGCCGGGUGCACUCAUAUGGAUCUCUGGGGCAGGCAACUCUUUCCACAUUUCGUGCUGAAGGUCUUGCUGGAUUUUUUCGAGGUGUGACUGCCAACGUCAUUGGGUCGUCCGUCGCCUGGGGGCUACAGAUGCCAAUCUACAGCAAGCUGAAGCAGUUGGCGCAUGCCGAGCUUGGGGAGCGCUCCCUGGCUACGGAUGGGCUCUGUUCUCUUCUGGCCGGUGGCUGCACAAAUCUGGUUGUGCAUCCAGUUUUCCUCGUCAAGACGCGCCUCCAGCUGCAAAGACAUAGUGUGGAGGCAGGUCAUCCGCAGCUGCAGUACCGUGGGGCCAUGCAUGCAGUAUCUACGAUUGCGAAAGAAGAAGGUCUUGCAGGUUUUUAUCGAGGUUUUGGUCCUUCACUUAUGCUGUGCUCACAUGGUGCGGUGCUUCUGGUCUCUUACGACAACUUCAAAUUGGUCUUUGAUUCAGUCCUGGCGGCGUCGGCGUCGGCAAAGAUCUUUGCGACAAUAGCAACUUACCCGCUCCAGGUGGUUCGGUCUGUUAUGCAGCAGCGGCCAACCAAUCCGGAAGCCUUCGAGUACACGAGUGCUCCGCGGACUGUGCGACUCCUCUGGCAGCGGAACGGUCUGCCGGCCUUCUACCGAGGCAUUCUGCCACAGAUGCUGCGAACUGUGCCGCAAGCUAUGGCCUUCUUCUCGAUUUACGAGCACCUUGACUGCAAAGUACAGCCUGCAGGUGCUCACAAAGUUGCUGCUGGUUGGAAGCAAGAAUACUUUCCUGCCAUGUCCAUCUUGAAGCUCCUUUGUACUGCAACAGCCGUCCAUGUCACCGCUGCUGCCUUUGGCGAAGCGGAACUCUGCUGUGCCAAGGUCCCUUUUCAUGGUGGUGUCCUGCUUCAGCGAGGAACCACACUGCAGGCCCACAGCAGUGCUCGAAAUUCCACAGAAUUGCACAAGGCUGCCGACAUGGAGCCCAGGCUGGCCUUCGCAGUGGGAUCUCCAAAGGAUGCCAUGGAGAAAGCCAUAAGAUUCUGGUCUUGGUUCGACAUCUUUGGAGAAGAGACGGAUUCUUCAAAAGCAAGGGCAGUCCGCCGAAGCCACUCUCGCUGGACAGCUUCAGACAAGGCAAUCCUGGCGAGCUUGUGUGCCUUCCUUGUGUUGAUAGACGCUUUUGCCAUUCAGCGGCUGGCACCCAAAGGGCUUCGCGCCCAUGUCCUGGUGGUGCUCUUCUGGAUUGGCGUGGGCCUAGGUUUCAACGUGCUCGUCUUUGCCCGGCAUGGAUCAGUUGCAGGCGUAGAAUGGUGCAGCGGCUACGUACUUGAAUGGCUUCUAUCCCUGGACAACCUCUUUGUAUUUCAUCUGGUCUUCCAGCUCUAUAAGACACCGCCCCAGGUAGUGCACAAGGCGCUAUUUCUUGGCAUCGCCGGGGCCGUCAUAUGCCGGCUUCUGUUCUUUGCCGUCGUGAGGGAGAUGCUGGAUUUCAUCAGCUGCUUGCGCUUUGUCUUCGGCGUGUUCCUGAUCUGGAGCGGUGUACAAGCUGCCCGCGAGCAGGAGGAUAGCGAUGGGGUCGACACCUCCUCAGUGAGAACGCUUCGCUGGCUGCUGGGGAGUCGGCUGCUGGACAAUUACGGAAACGAAAAGGAUGCAGGCAGCCUGCUUGCUUGGAAUGACGGCAAGCUCGCCUUCACGCUGAUGCUGCCUGUGGUUUUCUGUCUGGAGAUCACUGACGUGGUCUUUGCUCUUGACAGUGUCAGCGCCAAGGCAGCCCAGAUUCCUGACUACUGGAUCUCCGUGUCUUCCUCCAUAUUAGCGAUGUUUGCCCUGCGUGCCAUGUUCUUCGUCGUGCAGGACUUCGUGGCAAUGUUCGAGCUGCUAAAAUAUGGCCUGUGCUGCAUUUUAGUCUUCAUUGGCGUUGAGCUUAUGGUCUCAGACUACGUGGUGCUGCCGCCACAGGUGGUCUGCGCAGUCAUCCUAUCU